AUGGAUGCAAUUAUGGAGGUUGUUCGUCACCUGGCGGCAUCCAACUCACUGCCGUCAGCCGUUGACACACCAAUUGUGCAACGAGUUUGCACAUUGGCUGGUUAUGACGAGCUGACGACACGAGUGUCGGACGCGUCAUACAGGCGGAAUUUGGUAAACAGUGUUCGUUAUUAAUAAUAACCAAAUUCAGGUUGCCUACCUCUCAACCAUGGGGGGUGACACUGUUUCGGCCUUUGCCGAACGACUACUUUUCACAAUUUUUUCUGAGGACGUAUCGGAGUUCCUUACUUUCUACGGAAGAAAACCGGGUACACGGGCUUUUUUUGACAGUCCGGUGUAUUCCGUGAUACUGGGUAGGAUUUCCAAUUAAACCUAAUAAACAUUCACAUUGCAGAUGUCUUCCAUCGAUGGAAUACGGAACGCCACUCGGACCGCCACCAAUUAGAGAAUGCUUUUAAGAAUGCGUUUAAGAAGUGCCACGAUCGGUAUCAAAGAAAGUGCCAUAGGGCAUCGCUAAGUAGGCAAACAAAUGGUACCUGUUAAUAUAUUGAUGCUAUUACUAUGUACAAUAAAUCUUAAUAUGUUUACUUACCACUGCCACAUCUUUCCCUUUUAGACCGGUCCUCAAAUAUCGAAGGAGGCGCUGAUUAG